GAUAUUGAUUAUUGAUUAUUGAUUGCAGGAUCCAGCGGGCCUGGCGUGCGUACAAGCGUCGGAAGGAGCUGGUGAAAAGACGUGACCUUAGCGAUGACAUCCUGGCCUCCGAGGACUUUUUUGCCCCAUAUGGCCCCGUGCCGACCUCCGACCCCGACACUGAUAGUCUGGCGGCCAUGUCAGUCGGCUCCAACACCGACCUCUCAAAGGAUGAUGGGAUAGAGUCAGAAGGAGAGUCCCUGCCAACAUCUGUGGAAGACUAUCCGGAAGCGGACCAGGAGAAGAUCUCCCCCGGCUCGGACAUCAUUGCCGACUAUGAUGAUGAGGAGGAGGAGGAGGAGGAGGAGUUUUACCGGCGCCAGCUGUACCAGAGCCCCGCCCCGCCCCUCGGCACCGUUAACAGCCUCAGCUUCGCGGAGGAGCUCAACCAGCUCAACCAGCUCAGCUCUGACCCCCAGCUCAGUCCCGCGGACCUGCAGGAAAACCUGGUGUGCGACACAGAACAGAACAAGAACCAAACUUGGACUAGAAGCACAGAAACAAACAGACCAAGCGAUGCGGGGCCCGACUCCGGCGACGCCGGGCCCGACUCUGGCGAUGCCGGGCCUGACUCGGACUCCAACAUGGACGAGUCUCCGGACGCUGCCGGCAGCUUCGAUGUUUACAACGUGGAGACCUCGCUGCCGACCUUGGACUGGGCCUCGCUGGAGGCACACCUGGAGAAGGUCACCAGGGAGGCAGAGGACAGGGAGACUGACCCGGCUACGGCCCAGAGAAACAGCCGUGAGGAGAUCCGGCGGAAGCUGGCCAUGGGUGCGUUUGAGGACAGCGACAGCAGUGGGAGCGGGGAGAUGUUCCAGCGUGGGAAACCUCCGCUGUCGGCGCGGCUGCAGACCGGCAUGAACCUGCAGAUCUGCUUCGUCAACGAGCCCAACUCCGACAGCAGCGGCCAGGAUGACGAUGGCGGCAAGCCUGAGCCAGAGAAC